AUGACUACAGCGCAUCGUCCAACAUUUGACCCGGGGAAAGGAGGCACUACGAGGGCCCGCGUAUCACCAGCGACUCCUACCGGCCCACACUCAUUUAAAAGUCCGGUAAGCUAUGGCGCUUACCCUCCAGGAGGCCAAGCUUGUCUUUUGACACUUGAGUUUAGGAAACCGGGCCAGGGCGGCGAUGCCGACACCGAGACGCGAGACCUCCGAGCCGAAUUACUGAAGGCGGAAGCCGCCCAUUUUGCAAAAAAAGCUGGUAUCGCGGAUACAUCGAUCGAACCAGCAACACCGAAACGACAGCUCGAGCAUAGCGUCGGUGACGCAGACUCUACCGGAACGGAAGACUUGGAGGCAAAACGGAGGAGAAUACUGGAGGAGACUAGGGAUAUUGAUGCCGACUCAGAUGGAGAUGAGAGUGAAAGCAGUGAAGAGGAUAGCGAUGAUGAGGAAGACGAAACUGCAGUGCUGAUGAGAGAGUUGGAGAAGAUCAAGAGGGAACGGGCUGAGCAGAAAGAAAAAGAGGAAGCGGAAAAGGCAGCUAUCGAACAGGAGCAACGCGAGUACGACAUCGCGAGAGGCAACCCGUUACUCAAUCCGCAGGAUUUCAACGUAAGGCGACGCUGGGACGAUGACGUUGUCUUCAAGAAUCAGGCUCGAGGUACAGAAACCAAAGGGCAAAAGGAGUUCGUUAACUCUAAAUAUGUUCGAUAA